GUUACCCCACAAAAAUUGUUUAUGCAUCCCGCAUGGAAAAUGUAGUGGGUAACUUCCCCAAUAUCUUUGGCCCUCCUCCCUCCAUUCCAUUCACUCGCACACAGACAUACACAACUCUCUCUUAUUCAAAACAUUGUGUGCAAAACCGUGUUUCCAUGAGCGCAUUUUCUGCAGGGGAAAGUUUCACAAGAUUCAUACUCCAUUAUAAAAGUCCAUGUGAAGACUUCUACAAGGCAGCUAACAUCACUUCCAUUACUCUACUUUUAAUGGGAAUUCCCCUUUCUCAUACACCUAAACUUAUACGACGGAAACGUUCUAAUUCGUCCAAAUUCAAAGGAUCAGCGAAUUCUACUCCUUCACAAACCUCCUUUGAGGCUGAAAUAUCUCAAUUCUAUGGAGGUUAUUCUGUCCUCGAUGCCUUCCGCUACAUAGAAGGCCGUCGUUAUCACAACAGCGAUGCACAAUAUUGCUUCCCUAAUGACAGCGAGGAGCUUAGGCGGAUGCAAUUAAGCCAUAAUGUUUUCAAGAAUUCUUGGGGCGGCACUAAUUUUUCAGCUCCCGUAGCUGAAAUGUUAUCCGACGGAGGCGUACAUGUAUUUGAUAUUGGAUGCGGGCCUGGGACAUGGUGCUUGGAAAUGAGUCUGGAAUAUCCAAAAGUGACAAUUAUUGGGUUGGACAUAUCACCAACGUUUUCUCUUGGUGACAAGCCCCCAAAUGUGGGAUAUAUGCAAUGUGACGCCCUUGAUGGAUUGCCUUUUCCUAGUGAGACCUUUCAUUAUUGUUGGCAGAAAUUUAUGGUCUCCUCUUUUACCAAGGGUCAAUGGAUUAAACAAGUUAAGGAAAUAGCCCGAGUCACCAAACGUGGCGGAUGGGUGGAGAUUAUGGAAGUAAACGUGGAGUUCUUUAGUGUCGGUCCCGCUUUACGCAAACUAUCAGAAGGAUGUCGGCGAUACUAUAUCUCGAAAAAUUUACUUCCAUCAAUAAGCCAUCAUGUUGCUAAAUUCAUGGAAGAAUCCGGGGAAUUUGACGACAUAAUCAGUGAGGAGAGGGAUACAUAUCUUGGUGCAUGGGCUGGAGAACAAGGCGAGAAAGCUGCGUUAAAUCUCGUACAGGCUUAUCAAGCACUUAAGCCUGUUGUCAGACCAGUGCUUUGCAUUGAAGAGUAUGAAUACGAUGAAUUGGUGAAUAGCCUAAAGCGUGAAACGGCGAGUUAUAGGACUUAUAUGAAGUCGUAUAGGUUUUAUGCGCAACGGCGCUCGAAUCAUCUCAAUAUGCCAUAUUAA